UUCGUGGGAACUUCACACUGAGUUGAAUGGAGCUUCGUUGCAUAGCGACCAAGCAAACACUGUUUUUGUGGACAGCAAUGCCGCGGGGAUUCGGCUGUAAAGCAGAGCGCGGGAGGCUGACUCUAGCAGCUGUAGCACUACAGGACCAUAUCACACGAAGCGUUCUUGUUCGAAACAUUCCCCGUAACCUCCCCGUAUCAGACGCUUCCUGUGGGGCUGCACAUGUUAGUAGGAAGCACAGAAAUCACAACUCAAGGCAGAGCGUCAUAUGUCCUGAGCAGACACAAGGACAAGAGGAGAGAGAGUAUGUGCUGGAUCGUGGCCCUCCACCUCUGACUCUUGCCCAGAGGAUGGGUCUGGUGGCAGCUCCUUCAAGAAGACUAACAGCAGAGGAGUGGGCAGAGGUCAAAACCAGGUCCAUCCAGGAGGGAGACUCAACCCAGCCCUGUGUGAUAUGCAGGGAGGAGUUUCGUCUGCAACCACAGGUUCUACUCUCCUGUUCUCAUGUAUUUCACAAAGUGUGUCUGAAGUCUUUUGAGAAGUUCUCAGGCAGGAAGAGCUGCCCGAUGUGCAGGACGGAGCAGUAUGAGACCAGGGUGAUUUACGAUGGUGCUCGUCUCUAUCGGGAAAAGUGUGCUGUCAGAAUACAGGCUUUCUGGCGUGGCUACCUUGUUCGCAAAUGGUACAGCAACAUAAAGAAGUAUGUGCCACCGAAAGACCAACAAUUAAGACGAGUAUUCUUUGAAAAAAAGUUUCAGGAGAUGAACGACAGCUUGGUGCAGUCAUGCAGCACAGACGUGGAAGCCUUCCUGAGCGAUAUCGAUCGCUCCGUGGCCUCGAGCCACGACAUCCUGCGCCGCUUCAACAAGUACACGAGUGUUUCUGAAAUGGAGGAGAAGGACUGGCUGGAAGCUCAAGAGAAGGCUGUCCAGCGUGGUGUUCAGGACUGCCCCAUUUGCCUGAACCGCUUGGGCUCACACAAUGGCUCAUCGAAGGAAGACAGGAAUGUCCUGUUAUUGUCCUGUUCCCAUCUCUUCCAUGAACCCUGUCUGCAAGCCUUUGAGCUUUUCUGCCACGAGGUGAAACCCACAUGCCCUCUCUGCCGGUCACACUAUGCUAAAAUGCUUGUUUCAAAUUAGAGAUCAGUAUAUUUAUUAGUUU